AUGAAUAAUUCUUCAAACCGCAUGCAAUUUCUAGGUCUUACCAUUUCACCAAAAAAUGAUGGAUUAUCAACUGUUAAUUUGAAUGUUACGAGUAAAAAGGACACGAUCUUGCUAAAAAUUGUGUACACACGAGGCAAUAUUCCUCAACAGCACAAGAUUAACGUGUAUGGUAUCGGAGAGGACAAGCCACUUUUAGCGGUGAUGAAUCUGGAAUCUUCAUUUCAGCACAAAGGAUGCAUUUUGUGUGUAAAAUCCCCUCCAGAGCAUGUUAUUGGUUAUGUGUACGAAUUACCAGGCAUAAGUUCCGUUGCCAUUAUUCAAAAUGAGAAGCAGGAAACCAUUUUGCAGAUUUUAAUGAAUGGUGAAUUUGGAUGGUCGAAUUCGGCAAAGAUCUUGAGUGCAAAAGGAGACAGGAAGUUGGGGCGCAUGUACAAGAGGAAAGAAGGCCCCACAACGACCAGAAACGCACUGCACACGGUUAUCCAUUUACCAACAGAUUUGCCUGUGCCUACUAAGCUAAUACUGAUUGGGACGUGUCUGAAUUUGAUGGGUCGAUCUCAAAUUUGA